AUGGAAGCUCCCUCCACAUCUUCCAUGGAACCCAAAACUCCUAGAAUCCAACCAACCCUCAAUCUCCACACACCACACAACCCUUCACCUCGCACAAUCUACAGUGACAGAUUCAUCCCCAGCCGUUCGUCUUCCAAUUUCGCCCUCUUCAACAUCACAAACAAUCCUUCUUCUACCUCUUCCGAUGACUCUACCUCUGCCUACAAUUCCCUUUUAAAGGCUGCCCUUUUUGGUCCCGAAUUCGGUGGUACAUUCUCCCCAUUGACCCCAGAAAAAUCGUACCUAUAUGGAAAAAUUGGUGGGAACAGUAGUAAUAAUGGUGUUUUGCAGAGUACUCCGAUUAAUUGUAAUAUUUUUAAGUAUAAAACCGAGACUCGAAAAUCUUUGCAUUCUUUAACGCCUUUCGGGUUCGAUUACCAGCUCCCUGGAGCGUCUCAUAGCCCUGUUAAUACUCGCAGGAAAGUUCCCAGAUCCCCUUAUAAGGUUUUGGACGCCCCUGCACUGCAAGAUGAUUUCUACCUAAACCUUGUAGACUGGUCUUCGCAUAAUGUAUUAGCUGUAGGGUUGAGCCAUUGUGUUUAUUUAUGGCAUGCUUCCAGUAGCAAGGUAGUGAAGCUGUGUGACUUGGGUAUCGAUGACACUGUCUGUUCAGUCGGCUGGGCACAGCGUGGUACACACCUUGCUGUUGGAACUGGCAAUGGCAAGCUGCAGAUAUGGGAUGCUUCUCGAUGUAAGAGGGUAAGAACAAUGGAGGGACAUCGGCAUCGAGUUGGCGCACUAGCCUGGAGCUCAUCUAUGUUAUCUUCAGGAAGCCGGGACAAGAGUAUUCUUCAGCGUGAUAUACGAGCUCAAGAAGAUUUUGUUACUAAGCUAAGUGGACACAAGUCAGAGGUUUGUGGACUGAAGUGGUCUUAUGACAACCGUGAAUUAGCAUCUGGUGGAAAUGAUAACCGAUUAUUCGUGUGGAACCAGCAUUCAACUCAACCGGUGCUUAAAUACUGUGAGCAUACUGCUGCUGUAAAAGCAAUUGCAUGGUCACCCCAUCUUCAUGGGCUCCUUGCUUCUGGCGGUGGUACUGCUGACCGAUGCAUUCGUUUCUGGAACACAACCACCAAUUCACACCUGAGUUGCAUGGAUACUGGAAGUCAGGUAUGCAAUCUUGCAUGGUCCAAGAAUGUCAAUGAACUUGUCAGUACCCACGGAUACUCCCAAAACCAGAUUAUAGUUUGGAGAUAUCCUACAAUGUCAAAGUUGGCAACUCUCACUGGUCAUACUUACAGAGUUCUUUACCUUGCCAUCUCACCAGAUGGACAGACAAUUGUGACGGGGGCAGGAGACGAAACACUUAGGUUCUGGAAUGUGUUCCCUUCUGCCAAGUCUCAGAACACGGAAAGUGAAAUUGGCGCUUCAUCUCUCGGAAGAACUCAGAUAAGGACAAUGGUCCUCGCCAUCUUCCAGAAUGUCGAUUUGGGAUAA